GCCACCAGGCUCAGAGCCACCCGCCCGUGCCUCCAGCCCCACACAGGCGCCUGCACAAAACUGACGGCCAGACGGAUCCUAGGGAGCAGGACCCAUGGACACCUUCAGCACAAAGAGCCUGGCUCUGCAGGCUCAGAAGAAAGUCCUCAGCAAGAUGGCCUCCAAGGCCAUGGUGGCCGUGUUCCUGGACGACACCAGCAGUGAGAUCCUGGAUGAACUUUACCGGGCCACCAAGGAGUUCACGCGCAGCCGAAAGGAAGCACAGAGGGUGGUGAAGAACCUGGUGAAGGUGGCCGUGAAGGUGGCCGUGCUGCUGCGGGCCGGCCAGCUGGAUGGCAACGAGCUGGCCCAGCUGCGGCGGUUCCAGGGCCGGGUCCGAAGCCUGGCCAUGACUGCACUCAGCUUCCAUCAGGUGGACUUCACCUUCGACCGGCGCGUGCUGGCCGCAGGGCUGCUGGAGUGCAGGGACCUGCUGCACCAGGCGGCCGGCCAGCACCUCACCGCCAAGUCCCACGGCCGCAUUAACCACGUCUUUGGCCACUUUGCCAAUGGCGACUUCCUGGCCGCGCUGUACAGCCCAGCAGAGCCCUACCGGAGCCACCUGUGCCGCAUCUGUGAUGGCCUAGGGAGGAUGUUGGACGAGGGCGGCAUCUGACCUGGAGCCAGCCACCUGGGGACUGCCCUCCACUGGUGACUGGUCCCCAAGACCACAGAAGCAACCGCCUGUGCCUGAGGCAGUGUCUCCUCUGCUUCCCCUACUGUAACUCAUCUGCUUUGUCCCAUCCUCCCCUACCCCUUCCUCCUACUUCUCAGACAUGUAGCUCAGGCUGACCCCAAACUCCCUAUGUAGCUGAGGCUGGCCUUGAACUCCUGAGCCUCUGGCUCCCACCUCGAAUCACUGGAGGACAAGCAGGCACUGACACCUCACUGUCUAGGCAUCUCAUGCUUUCAAAUAAGGUUGUCAGGAAUUGGGAGGAAAGAACUGUACACCCUCGACCCCUGCCCCCUGCCAAACGACUGUUUCCUAAGCCUCAGGACCUCCCAAGGUGCUUUAGGAAAUGGAGUCCAAACUCUGGCACCAGACUAGACUUGAACACGUCUGAGCCUGCCACAAACAGGUCCUUGUAGAGCCAUUAGCACAAGAAGGCUCACUCCGCCAAUGCUGCAGGGCCUGGGCACUGAGAAAGACUGAUGCUCCUGCCAGCCAAGGACACACCGGCAGACAGAUGCUGGGUGUGGAGCGACAGCUUCUCACCAUGGCUGGGGAAGGAGUGACUCCAGGCACACUUCCUCGUUGGGAUCAGACUCUUGAAGACACGAUCUAUUGCUCUGAGAUCCUGUUAGGAGACUGCACCCAGGCAUUUAAGAAAAGAAACAGUGCAGGUGAGAUGGCUCAGCAUGUAGGGGCGCUUGCUGCCAGGCCUGAUGACUGAAGCGUGAUCCCCAAAACCUACAUGGUGGUAAGACAGAACCAGUUUUGGAAAGCUGGCGUCUGACCUCCAUGUGAACACAGCCACACAGAGCCACUCCCGGCUAAGCGCAGGGGUCACUCCUGGAGCACAGGAGGAAAGAUAGGAUUUGCUGUGAAACUUGGGGAACCUCAGAAAUCCAGUCCACCUCGGAGGCUGUCCCCAGCUUCAUUGCAGGGUCAAGCCACUGGAAACACAAGUAUGUGUUAAAUUAUAAUUCCAUAUUUGGGAAACAAA